AUAGUGAAAAAAAGCAUUUAAUAAUAAUAAGUUUUUGUAUAAGCGUUUGAAUAUAGAUGCAGUGUAUCCGGCUGUUAGGACCUUAAUCCGUGUAAACGUAAUCUUGUGAAAUUCAGGGCACAACCCAUCUCUAAACUGUCGCUCUUCGCUAUUACGCGAGGCCGCGUCUUAUAACAAGAUAAUCCUCUACGAUCUCGGAUUACGUAAGGUUUUUCGAAACUUUCCCAUGCACACCCGGUAUAUUUUCGUAUUAGCUGCAACACGCAGAGAGGGGAUACCUACGUGGAGAGCGCGCUGGGUGAAUCAGCACGCAUGCAUUUCGGAGUGGUCCUCGUCAAACGGAAGUUGUUUCGCGUUGACUCAACCGUGGCCGCUAUGGCAGGGUGACGGUCUAGUGUGCUCGCAUCGCUUUAAAUUCUGUCCGGAACAGGUGCUUACGAAAAACAAUCGUAUUGCCGCUAUGCAUGGUAACAGGGGCGUGACACGUGGUGUCCACGGUGUGAUCGCACGAGGAACCACGAUGGCGGAGGUGGCGACCAAGAAAUCGAUCAAUGUAGUAAGUAGCAAGAAGAACGAAGUGUGCGGUGUUCAGUCUAACAACGGUUUGAUUGAUUUGGAUGGUCUAACCGCGAGUAACACCCAACUAAUCUCGUUGUGCGACGACGACGACGAUAUCGUACUCACAAACAAUACGCGUAAUGAGCUCGAAAACGACGACAAGAGUCUGCAGGAGUUGAUAGAGAGCGAGCUGGCGCUGAGGAUCUGCACGAGCGAGAACGAUGAUGAGACAGUCGAGGAAACCGAGAACGUCGUCGCCCAACCGGAAACGAUCAAGAGGAUCGUCCUGGAUCGCCGGCAGGAUCCCGUCGACGUUAACGCGGAAUUCAUAGCGGCCGAGAGCGAGCACUAUUCUCUGAUCGAGGAACCGUACGGUCAUCGAAACGGUCACGUGUCCCCGCACGUCGACGUGAAACCGGAACCCGUGCACUUCCACGACGAGGAAGAGGAUCGAGCGUUCAUCGAGCAGCCGGAAGCCGGCAUCGCGCCGGUGAUCAUUCAGAAAACGAACGAAAAUGAUCAGGACUUGAGCCGUGAUGAAGCGACCGUCGACGUUGACAACGACAGCGAGGAAUGUCAGGCGGUCGUCAAGGAGGCUGCGCCUCCCAGGGAUGAUCCAGAGAAUGUAACGAACGAUCUCGUAGACGGAUCGAACUCCCAGUCUUUCCCGAGUUGUCGUCCGGUGGAUAAACACCAACGGGAAGAAGAGCUGAUACAGAAGAUGACCAUGCCGGACGACGCGGAUCUCCUUCGCGCCGACGUCGAGGAAAGGAAGAACGUGGACGACGACAUUCCAGACACGUGGACUGAGCAGGCGCCACUUUCGGAUGGUCAGCAGGCCGAUCAGUUCUCCGACAACUUCAACGAGGCGCUCUAUCCGCAGGAUCGAAUCCUCGAGGAGCAGAAAUUCCCUUCGACGAAUGAAGAGUCUUCCACAAACGAACAUAUCGAUACGCUUAAUGAUUCCUACAAUCGUAUUGAAGAGGAGGAGGAGGAAGAGGAGGAGGUGGAGGAGGAGAUUCUGGCAUCGCUGAUCCGCCGGGACAAAUCGUCACCCUCUAAAACUAUCGAAGAGACCCAUUCUCGCUUUUCCGACGACUGCAUCAUCAGCCAGUCCGAGAUAUCCGCGGAGAUGGCCAGCACGCAAGAGUUUCUCGACAUAGAACGCCGCGUGCUGAACGAAGAGGCCGAUCAACAGGAGGCACCGCGGAUCGUGAUAUCGUCGGAGAUCACCACCGAGGCGCAGACAAUGCCGGGAUCGGUCCUGGAGAACGAAUCGCCGGAGUGUCCCGUCGCGGAGGACACGCAGAACCCGGCGGACGAGUCCUCGAGCGAACUCUCGGCGUCGGAUUUGACUUUCAUCGAGAAGACCGAGGUCGUGGUGUCGGACACGAGCGUGACGAUCUUCUCGGAGACGAGGCAACUCGUCGCCGAGCAGAUUGGGAACCUCGACUCGUGGACCACGGUCGAGGAGGCCACGAAAUCGGCGGACGCCGAGGAGCAACGGCGGGGGGACGCGACGGCGACGGCGACGGCGACGGCGACGGAACGCGACGCGGUUAAUGACGCGACGAGGGACGAUAAUGAGGGAAAGCAAGACGAUUGCCUCGCACCCUCGUCCCCCCGCGCGCCCCUGGCCACGCCGGACGAGACGGAGACGAGCGAUGUUUCUAACGCCUGCGACAGCGAGAGCCGCGAGGAAACAGUGACCACCAGUUCCAGCGUGGUGACCUCCUCGAAGGGUGGGACCAAAACGAAAAAGAAGAAGAUCGAGGGCGUCGCUGGUAACGAUGCCACCUCGCCGAACCUUACGCCGCGCACAAAGAAAACUAAGAAGAGCAAGAAAAGCGAUCUCGAGAAGGAGAACAUCUCCGUGAACUGUAGCUUACGAGACGCAAGCAUGCAUACGGGCACUCGGCGAUCGCAUUCGGAGAUGAUCGAUUUUUCCGACGAGGACGAUUUAUCGAACGUCAAUGUUAAGUCACUGACACAGAAUUAUGUCUCGGAGACGAGUCGUAGCGAUCAGGAGAAGCUGUGCAGGGAGCGGAUUGCGACCGGCGUCUCCAUCAAGCAAUUAUGUCGCAGCUUUGGCGACAUCUCGAACAUGAGCGACGGCGAUCAGGCGACUUUUGGGAAAGCGAGCCACUCGAUGGAAACCGAGGAGAAGGCGAGGUCGAUGGGUGAUCUGAGAUUAUGCGAGCAGGGUUACUCGCGGUUCACCAGAGACGCACUCGUCUUCGCCAGGGUGUCGGUCAAGGCCCUCAGGGCUUCCUACUGUAGUUUGGCAAGCUUAACGAACGAGGGUAAGGACAAGGAUCUGGCAUGCGAAAGGCCGAAGCUCGAGAAAUCGAGCUUUAACAAAUUCGACGCUCUUACCAAGAAGACAGUUCUGCACGUGCGUUCGGUCGAUGCGGGAAAAGUCCAACAGCAGCUAAAUGCCGUGGGCCAGAAUGCCGAUGCGAAUACGAAUUGUCGCAGCUGCGGCAAGGUCGUGUUCCAAAUGGAGCAGACAAAGGCCGAGGGCCUGGUCUGGCACAAGAAUUGCUUCCGGUGCGUGCAGUGUAGCAAGCAGCUCAACGUGGACAAUUAUGAGAGCCACGAGAGCACGCUCUACUGUAAGCCACAUUUCAAGGAGCUCUUCCAACCGAAACCGGUCGAGGAGUCGGACCAGCCCGUGCGACCUCGAAAGCCGGAGCUGAUCAUACGGGAGAACGAGCCGAAAGAGCUGCCGCCCGAUGUGGUCAGAGCUUCCGACAAACCCGAUCUGGGACUCGAGGAACUCUCAAGUUUGAACGUCAAGUCGCGCUUCCAGGUCUUCGAGAAAGCCAGCACGGAGGGUGCCAAUGAGAUUGAACGAUCACCGUCACAGAUCGCCGUCAAGAGAUCGCCCAGCAUCCUCAGCAAACUGGCCAAAUUUCAGGCGAAAGGCAUGGAUAUUGGCGUGGCGGACGAAUCUCUCAAUGGCAUACCCUACGAGGAGUCCAGCGAAAGUGAGGACGAAGAGGAAACGGAAGAAACCGAAGAAGUGGAAACCGAAAUCGUAAAGUCAAAACGCACCACGCGCGAACGACCGAUCAGUUUUUCGAAGAUGGACGACAUCAAGAAUCGUUGGGAGACCACCAGCCAACAGGGAAGGCGCGAGGUCCAGCGUGAAGCUAGGAAGGAAGAAAUCGCAGGAAUCCGCUCGCGACUGUUCUUGGGUAAACAGGGUAAAAUGAAGGAGAUGUACCAACAGGCGGUAGCCGGAAACGACCGCGUUACGAAGAUAAACGCGGCGGAGGAGAUCCAACACUCGACUACCCACGCUCGUUCGCUCAAAGAGAGAUUCGAACGGGGUGAGCCAAUCGCGGCCUCGGACGACGAAACCGACAGUAAACCGAAACCGGAGAAAGCCGACGAGGAGGUGAUCGCGGCAGGUAUCAGCAGGAAGUCGCGGUCGCUCUUUUUGGAACUGGACGCCACUGCAGCGAAAACAGCACGUCCAGUGACGCCAGUCCAUCCGCCAAAAACGCCAACCGAUAUCCCACGACGUGCGCGAGACGCGUUCAUGGGCCGUCAAGUCUCAGACGAUGUGGUGCGCAGCUCAGACACGACUGAGGAGGUCCAAGUAGAAACGUCGGAAAUUUCAAACAAGUUCAAAUUCUUCGAGACCUAUAAGGAACCGGAGAAAAAGCGGAAGCAGUUUCGCAUUACGCCGCCUCGCGACGGUCAAGUCAAGAUGGAUUCACCGGAUCGCGAGAUUUACCGCGAUCCAGAUGUGGUCAGAGCCGACGAUAGGGUGGACGAGGUGGUGCACACGGACACGGCGAGGAAGAUGCUGUCCAUCUUCCGGCAGAUGGAGGAGAAAGCGUGCAAGGAAGAAUUGCCGGAGGGCCCGAAGCCCUUGAAAUGCUUCACACCGCCCCCCGAGGAUAAGUUCGCCAAAGCGUCGGCCUCAGACGCAGAGGACGGCGAGGACGAAGAGGGCGAGGAAAGCGACGGUGACGAAAGCGCCGAGGAGAGAGAUCCUAAUUACAUCCGUUCCUCUGACAAGGUGGAGGACGAGUUCUUGAAACAGGCGCAGAACGCGGCGCGCGCCAAGACCCUACGUGCCAAGUUCGAGCACUGGGAGGAGACCGACGGUAAAGUCAGCAAUCACCACGUUGCCGAAAUGGAGAUGGCCCAGGGUACGGGCGAGCAGUCCAGCAUAGAGUCGGCGAGCAGUCUGAGGGCCCGUUUCGAGUCCCUCGGCUCGCAGGCUAACGAGUCCCCGCGCGCACCGAAGGUCAAAGUCAAUCGAUUUGUGUAAAGGAAAGAGAGAAAUAAAGAAAGAGAUGGAGGAAAUUCACCUGGAUUAAUUCGAUUGCGAAGCGGGUAAGAAGAAGAAGAAGAGGAGAAGAAGGAGGAUGAAGAGCGCCGUUGGGACGACCGCGGUGGAAAGGCAAUUUUUUUUUUUAAUCUCGUGCAUUAAGCAACGGCAAUAAAAUAUUCGGUUAUCGUCUAUUGUAACGACUUUGCGUUUUCUUAGGGAUGAUUUUUAACACACCCGGCGUUAUGUUCGUAUAAUAAAUCUUAGCUCGUAGACUGUAUCAUAUGUUAUGUGUUAAUAUAUUAUUGUAUUACGAGAAUUCGCGCGACUGUCGGAUCCGUCGAGCGUUUCGUGCCCAAUUGCCAAUUAGAAAGGAAGACAUAUACAUAUUGGUGUAAAAAAAAAAGAUCAAUUCCAGGCAGAUGGCAGUAAGCCAUUCGUGGCAAUAAUAUGCUGAGUCACUUGAGAAAAAAAGCAUAUAUAGAAUUCAGUACGUAUUGAUUUGCAGAUUACGGUGCUAUAGAGAUUUUUGAUCUAUCAAUCAUUAUUUUUUUUAUAACUACAUUAAAAAAAAAUAAUUUAAUUAGAUAACUGUAAAAUCUCAUUGCACAAAUGAUUAGAAUAUUUAUUGAAGCUUUAUAAAUAUUUGUUACAUAGAAACGCUCGACUUGCAUAUAACACAGAGAGAACUUUAUUGUUUACUAAUUUACUUUAUAUAUAAAAAAAGAUGAACGUCCAUCUUCGUGUCGUACGUAUGUCGGUUACGAGGCUUUAUCUGUUACCAUGAAAAUUUUUUUUAGAAGAAAUAAAACAUUCAUUCUACCCACAUGCGUACGACGAUAUUAAAAUCUCUGUGAACUACAAGAUGGAUACGUUUUUAAGUAGUGAAAUUCGUAACGAUACGCAAUUUUUUUACAAUUUAAUGCUAUUUAUUUGUUAUUUAUUAAAAUUUCUAAUGUAAUCGAGUGAACUAAUUAAGUAUAUCUCGAUAUCAACUUUUUAUCAAAAGGUCGUUACGAGCGACUAUAAUGACUAUGGAAUGUGCCAAAUUUUAGUAAAAAUCUUGAAUGAUUUUUUUCUACCCUAAUUAUAUUCGAUUCGAACGGAUUUAAAUUUUGUGACUGAUGCAAUCAUUAAGUAUAAUGUGCCUUUGAUUUUUUAUAUAAAAGACUUUAAUAUAAUACGUUAAUAAACAAAAACUUAAAUCAGAAUUAUUCUAAACUUGUUGUAAAUGUAAAAAGGAUAGAAAAUCUAAACUCUCAUAAAUCGUAAUAGAAAUGUUGGCAAAUAUUAUUUUGGUUCGUCGCUAUUGUACGCAUACAGCAACGCGGCAAACUGGAACGAAUUCGGAAUUUUCUUUACGCAUCGUUACGAUUUUCUUCUACCACUUUAGAAUUCUAAUUUUUCAUAAGUGCCAAGUUUUUUGUUGAAUAAGGAGAGCGAGAGUAAGAGUGCGAAAGGGAAAAAAAAAGUGCGUGAAAGUAACGAACGAGAGGCGAAAGGUGAAAGGCUUUCUCAAAUUUAACGUGUGAAAUAAUGGCCUGACCGUGAAAUUGUCUAUAGAGGAAGCAUCGGGCACUGUCGUUAAGUGUUCUAAGGCCGACUAGCGGUGAGGACCGUAGCUAUUUCGAUCGCUUUUACAAAUUUCGAAUCUUCUUACAGCUUAGCGCGACAUGUGGUACAGUAGAUUUUUAUACUCAUGUGAAAAGCGGAAACAACAACAACAGUUUCGUUCUCGUGUCGUCGCGUUCGAGCCUGUUCUCGCAUUUGUGAUUCGAACGACUAAUUACUUCGUAAACGCGUUACGUAUUUGCAUCUAAAGAAUCUGUGCAAUACGAAACACUACAUAGUUAUUGUUUUAUAAAAAUACAAACAUUUGUUAGUUAUAUUACGUGUUAGAUGUAUCUCUUAUCGAGAAACGACUUUAUCAUUUUUGUUCCAUCGUGUCUAUUGUCUUUUUUUUUGUUUUUUUUUAUACUCGCCGCAAGAACGUAGAAAAUGUUAUCGCUUCGCUGCAAAUUUUGAGAAACGACAUUUUUGCUGUUAGAUGCUAGAUGCGAGAACCAUGUCGACAUAGAAACACGAUGCCACUCUCAACACAUUUUUAUACUUCCGGAAGAGAAGCGCAGGAAUGUGAGCGACUUCGGUCAUGUAGAGUAUCAGGGUAAAAACGUCACGUUCCUCGAGUUGGAAUGGGAGGACCCAUUUUUAAAAGAGAGCAUUAUACGAAUUUUUUAAAUGUGUAUCUAUAUAAGCGCUGUAAAAGGAAAGGUAGGAAAGAUCGAAAAUGUAUAUUCUCGAGCGAAUAUUUCUCCGUCUUCCUUUUUUACGUUUGUGCAAUAAUAGCUUCCGUUGCAAAUGCGCGUAUCACAAGUUACGACUUUAUUUAAGAGAUUUAAGAGAUUAGUGUGACUUAUAGCGGGAAGCGCUAAGCUGAUUUCGAUUUACGAGAGAACCGCUCCGUUGACCGAGAUGCCGAUGGAGCGCGUGUCAAAUUGCGAGUCCCUGUUAACGGCCUCUCGAAUUCUUCUGAUUUGUAUAGCGUAGAUAGCGAGAAUACUAGUUUAUUGCGUCUUUUAGCGUAUCAUUUCUAUCGAUGUAUAACGAUCUUGUUCUGUUUAUCUUUCACGUGUAACAUUUAUUACGAUAAUACACAAGUGAUAAAUAAAAAAACAGGUGCCAGA